AAGAUUAUGAAGUUAUCAAUAAUACAUAUUUACUUGAAUGACAUCUGAACAAGAUUAUAUACAAAGUUAUUUUCAUUUGAGGUAUAAGAGAACUAAGAUAGAUAAAACUUCAAUAUAUUGACUGUUCAUUUCAAAUGAUGGAAGAGAAAAUACCAGGCAUAAACACACUUUUGUUUAAAAAGACAGUCAGAAAAGAAAUUACUAACGAAGGAGACAAUGGAACGUCUGUUACAAAGGUUUCGGAUCAGCAUUGUUCAAAUUUAUCGGUGUUCGGCACAGGAUGUUUGAGGAAUACUACAUCGAACUUUAACUUUAAUGAUCAUGGACACACAGCAUCUCCCUUGAUUUCAGGCGGUAAAAACGAAAAAGAUCUUUCAUUGAAUCAGCUCACUGCAAACCUCAACAUAAUCCGUGAGGAAGGCUUUGGCAAGCUGAGCAGGCUUGUUCGAGACUUACAUAUUGAAAAACAUGCUUAUAAAGAAAACAUCGAUGACAUUGGCCAUAUUAUCGACGAAAGGGUCUCUAAAAUGAAAUCUGACAUUGACCAAGUUCAUGUAGAAAUGAGGGAAAAAUUAAAACAGUUGAAAAGUGAAGCAUCCCGAAGGAUGACAAGCGAAAUAGAUACUUGCAGGAAAAAUGUUAGGGAAAUGAAUGAAUUAGUGCAAACAAGUCUACAAGCAUUAGAUACAAAAACAGCUGAUUAUAUGUUGUUAUUUCAACUGAACCUACAAAUUCUUGAAAAAUUAAACUACAUGAAAUCUUUGAAAGCUUCUCAAAGGUUACCCUUGCCGAUAUUUCAUGGGAAUACCAUCACAAAAGAUGACAUUUCCAGACUGUUAGGGUCAUUACAUGAAGGCAAACCGAAAACGCAUGAAAAGUAUCACGCUUCUAGUAGGGUCGAAAACUCAUUGCAAAAUAAUCCUUACAACAGUGACGUUGAAAAUAUUAAAACACUAGAACGCCAACUUGGAAUAGUACCGUUACCAAGAAAAAGACACAGAUUUCACCAAUACUCUAGAUUACUUUCUCAAGAAAGUAACGAGGGUUUAAACUAAAAUAAUGUUUUAUUAUAUGUCUAAGAGAAAAUAACAGAGGUUUUGUUUUUGUUGCCACCUGUUUGCAGACAUUUUGUAGCCGGAAUCAUCCGCCAAGUUGAUUCAAACCAAUUAAGAUGUUGUC